AUGCGCUUCACAACAACAGCAUCCGUACUGGCCAUCCUCGGCACAACACUCGCCCUCCCCGUCAUCCCCGAAAAGAACGUUACGGAAACCGUCUCCCCUUCCCCGGAGGCUCCCACAUAUCACGUCUACAAAGCUGCCUGGAAACGCGAAGCCGAAGCCGAAGCGGUACCAAGGAAGAAAUACGAGCUCUGGAAGCGCAGAGAAUUCAUCGACCCAAAAUCGUUUUCUUUCGGCGACCAUGCGAAGAGAGAGGCGGAGGAGGAGAGCGAUGAGGCUGGGGACCCGAAGACGUUGAUUCUGUGGAGAGAUGCCGAGGCCGACCCGAAGAAAUACGAACUCUGGAAGAAAGACGCCGAAGCCGAAAAGGAGAAAUUCGAGCUGUGGAAGAAAGAAGCGGGCGCAGAUGCGGCGGCCGAUCCUAAAAAAUACGAGCUCUGGAGGAAAGACGCGGAGGCAGGCGUGCAAGCCUGGAAGAAGGACGCAGAGGCUGAUGCGGAAAAGUUCAAGCUCUGGAGGAAGGACGCUGAUGCCGAUGCCGACGCAAACAAGAAUAAGUUCGAACUGUGGAAGAGGGACGCCAAAGCCGACGCCGAUCCCGUCGUGACUGCCUGGAAGCGCGAGGCGGACGCCGACGCAAAAGAGAACAAAUUCGAGCUCUGGAAGAAGGAGGCUGACGCUGAUGGUAAUGCAGAGCCAACGAUUGCGGGAGCCUGGUAA